AUGACUUUCAUCCACCAGCAACAAUCAUCUACCACCGCUCGCGCCAUGCUAUGCAACCACCACAAAGCCCCGUUGCCUCCUGGCUGGCAACGUCUUCUUUCCAAAUCUCAACAGAGGUUCUACUACUCUCAUGCCGGAGCCCAGCACUCUCAAUGGCGCUUUCCCACUCCUGCCGAAGCCGCCAAUCCGUGGUGGGCCAAGAAACGUGCCAACAGUUUAUUGCGGAACAGUGCCAGGAUCUCCUCCAAAAGGAGCAAGGAACGAGGCAAGCGAAGAUCAUCUAAGCCCAACUUGGGCCUGCAAAACAGGGCUGCUCAGCUUCGGGAAUGUUCAAACAAAAAUUGGGCGCAGUUCUUCGUGCAGAACUGUGGAAUUCUUCCCCGCGACGCUGUUGUCUACGAAGGGAAACUCAUCGAGAAUGGAAUGUUCCCGGAAGAGGCCGUUGUGGAGAAUCUUCCCCUUCUGGUUACCACCGCGGAGAUGCGCCUGGGAGACAUGCUCAAGCUUGGGAAGGCAUUUGCACAAAAACAGGCCAAUGGGAUCGUUGCAGACUCCAAACUGACGGGAGCUAACAAACGAUUGAGUACGAUCCCUGAGUUGUGUGCUGAUUCGUCCACGGAAAACAUGGACAAUGAUGGGGGAUCCAAGACGGAAAGAGAGAACAAGACCCUAUCGUCGGAAAGUGACUUUCACGACAUUUUGGCUUCCAUUGAGAACAUUAGACGAAAAGACAUCCCUGAAGCGGUGCGGGAUGCGGACAGAACUUUGGAACUACUCAAUGCAAUCUGCUCAACUAAUAAACUCGGCAAAGAUAUCCCUGAAACUGUGGUGUUUCUGAAUGAUGCGGUGGUACAUGACGGUGAAGGAUUGUUCAGUGAAAACUAG